CGGUUUUUGCCUUUUGCCUUUUGCCUAUUUCCCACCACCUUCUUCUCCCCCCUAUAAAUUCCCUCUCCGCCUGAACCAAUCUCUCCACCGACGCCGCCCGCAGCAAACCGUCCUCUUUCCUUUCUUCCCCUUUUUCGCAUCGAUCGUCCGCCGGCAUAUGUCUCAGAGACCCGCCGUCCCUCACUCCUCCUCCGUCGCCUUCGGCCUCCACUCCCAUCUCCUCGUCUCCAGCGACAUGAACCCCAACUCCAACUGGUAAGGAACAGGAGGCGGCGAGAGAGGAGAAGAAGAUAUUCUUCCGAUUCCGGCAUUGAUUCCGGCGAGGAGAUAUUAGCUUGAGAUCAGGUCGUGUUGAUCGUCUGUUCCGGCCGAGUUCGGAGAUGGGUGUCAAGGGAUUCGUGGAAGGAGGCAUAGCCUCGAUCGUGGCCGGCUGCUCGACCCACCCGCUCGACCUUCUCAAGGUCCGCAUGCAGCUUCAGGGCGAGGGGCACCCUCCCAACCCCUCCGUCCAGAACCUGCGCCCCGCCCUCGCUUUCCAAUCGCCGGCGGCGGCGGCGGCUCCCUUGCCGCGGCCCCUGCCUCCGCCGCGAGUCGGCCUGGUCACGGUGGGCGUGCGGCUCGUCCGGCAGGAAGGCGUGGCCGCGCUGUACUCCGGCGUGUCGGCCACCGUCCUCCGCCAGACCCUCUACUCCACCACCCGGAUGGGCCUCUACGACGUGCUGAAGCAGAAGUGGACCGACCCGGCCACCGGGAACAUGCCGCUGACCCGGAAGAUCGUGGCCGGGCUCAUCGCCGGCGGCAUCGGCGCGGCCGUCGGGAACCCGGCGGACGUGGCCAUGGUGCGGAUGCAGGCGGACGGGCGGCUCCCGCCGGAGCAGCGCCGGAACUACCGGAGCGUGGUGGACGCCAUCCGGCGGAUGGCGCCAGAGGGGGUGGCGAGCCUGUGGCGGGGGUCGUCGCUGACGGUGAACCGGGCGAUGCUGGUGACGGCGUCGCAGCUGGCGUCCUACGACCAGAUCAAGGAGACCAUCCUGGCCAAGGGGCUGAUGAAAGACGGGCUGGGGACGCACGUGACGGCGAGCUUCGCGGCCGGGUUCGUGGCGGCGGUGGCGUCGAACCCGGUGGACGUGAUCAAGACGCGGGUGAUGAACAUGAAGGUGGAGGAGGGGCGGGAGCCGCCGUACCGGGGGGCCGUCGACUGCGCGCUGAAGACGGUGAGGGCGGAAGGGCCGAUGGCGCUGUACAAGGGGUUCAUCCCGACGAUAUCGCGGCAGGGGCCGUUCACGGUGGUGCUCUUCGUCACGCUCGAGCAGGUCCGGAAGCUGCUCAAGGAUUUCUAGCUGCGUCGACGGCGGCGGCGGCGACGGGAUGAUGAUGAUGAUGGCGAUAAUUCUAGGAUUUCUCUAAUUAGGGAAUUACAUAAAAUUAAAAUAGAAACCAUAUAAUAUGUGGUGGAUUCUAUAAAUAAAAAAUUUAUGAUUUAGAUUACGUGCCUUGCAUCUAGGGUUUCCUGUGUGCUGUCAUGUAUGAUGAAUCCGUGUGGCUCCCGGAAUACGGGAAGGAAGAUGCCGUAAUCAAAGCGCCACCUUGCACCCGCU